AUGGUCGAACUCAUCAACCCUCCAGAACCACGGAUUCUCCUCCCACCACUUCUUGCCUGCCUCCCCACAGCUUUUGUCUCCCCUCGCCCACCGCCAGCUCUGCUCCCCCUCCUCUCCCCUAUUCUCCGCCAGCGUAUCCAAAUCCUCACCUCAGUAUCUGCCUCUUCCUCAGACUCCUGGCUCCGCCUUCUCUGCUGGGACACCACCAAAGCCGAGCGGCUGCAGAGCAUCGUCGACGAUGCGACCUUUGAGCCGCACCCAGUCUCUGGCGAGAUCGAACUUCCGACCGAAAUCCCCGUUACAUACAAGCGUAUCGAUGAUGAGACUCUCCGUGCUCAGGUGCUCCUGCCCGAGUACAGCUUGACCGUCGUUUAUCUCUGGUGUCCGGACGACGAGCAGGGCGGUGGCCGCGGAUGGCGUGUGGCGGAACUACUUCCGCGCGAGGGUCCCGCCGAGGACGAGAGCUCGUGGGCAUCCUCGAUCGGCGAGGCCAAUGACCAGGCCAAGGAGAAGCUUCUAGCGGAUGCGUUGGACGACCGAGUCCAGGCUCAGCCUGCGGACAACGCUGCGGCCGAGGACGAUGACGAUGACGACGAUUACUGGGCGCAGUAUGAUGCUACGCCGGGUAACAAGACCCCCGCGCCGCGAGCAGGCUCUUCAAACCAACAGCCUUCGGGUCUGUCCGAAGCAUCGUACUUCUCACAGUACGGUAAUGUCCAACCUGCCAUGGACAGCCAUGACCCGGAAGAAGAGCAACCCGAGGUUGGGCCUUCCUCGCUGAACGGCGAUAUGCUGGCAAGCUUGCUGCGACGUCAGGUCAAUGGCUUGGACGAUGGCUCAAUCCCGCGGACAAACGGGUAUGCAGCCGGCGAAAUGCCCAGUGACUCAGCUGCCCGCUCCCUCAGCCACCCACGCCCAGCAUCCGCCUCAUCUGGUAGCUCCGACGCCGUGGCCAAGCUGGAGCAGGAAGCCGAAAGUCAAAGCACAUACGAAGUCGGCGUGAAGCAGCACAUCGGUACAAGCAUCAAAAGCCUCUUCCGCCUCGCCAAGGCGACAGGAAUGUCGCGGGUCGAGUUCCAAAGCAUGGUGCGGACAGAGUUAGAGCUCUUGGAUGUGACGGACGUGGAUGAUUGA